AUGUUGACUUCAUUCGUUUUAACGUCAUUGAUUUUUUUGGUCAAUUUAGUGAAUUCUUUACCAUUAGAUAUCACUUUUAUCAAUCCAGAAGAUGUGAUUCCUCAAGGUGCAAACAAAAUAUACUAUGAUUGGAAUGUUACUGUUCAGACCCAAAAUGUCGAAGGGCUAUAUAGACAAUUAUUCUUGAUCAAUGGUCAAAGUCCAGGCCCAACUAUUGAAGGUGAUCAAGGUGAUUGGGUUGUUUUGAAAGUUAAAAAUUUCUCACCAGUUCCAAUAACUAUUCAUUUCCAUGGUAUUCAUCAAAAAGAUACCCAAUUCUCAGAUGGUACCGCAGGUGUUACUCAAUGGCCAAUAUUAUCCGGUGAUUCUUUUGUUUAUGUCAUCAACUUGAAACAAUAUGGUUUAUAUUGGUAUCAUAAUCAUUACAGAGGUUAUGCAAAUGAUGGUCUUGUUGGUCCUAUCUAUAUUAGACCAAACUCAUCAGUUUCAAGACCUUAUAAUGAAAUCACCUCAAAUGAAGAUGAUUUAAAACUACUUAAUUCAUUAGAAAAACAACCUCAAUUACUUUUAUUUAGUGAUUUAUUCAAAGAGACUUAUGAUGCAGUUGCUAGUAAAAUGUUUGAUUUUGGUAUGGAUCCAACUUGUGUUAGAUCCUUUUUAACAAAUGGUAAAGCUCGUCAUCAAUGUUAUGAUAAGCAAUUAUUACAAAAUGAAGCUUUUGCUACAAAGACUUCAAAACUUCAAAAGAUGUUGAAAACAAAUGAUACUAUUCAUGUUGAUGAUUAUGGAUGUUUGGAUCUUCAAAAAAUGAAUGGUUUCACUUCAAUUGAUUAUGAUAAAGACCUUUUAGAAUUCCCAGGUUUCAAUAAUAAUGAUUGUAAAAAUUCAACAACUGAUCGUGAAGUUCUUUAUACUAAAAAUCAAAGUUACAUCAUGUUGAAUCUUUUGAAUUUUGGUGGUGAAUUCUCCAAAAUGUUGAGUAUUGAUGAUCAUAAUAUUACAGUUAUAGCAGUUGAUGGUACUUUUGUGAAGCCAAUUACUGGGCAACAAGUUUUCUUACCAAUUGGUCAAAGAGUUACAGCUAUUGUUGAAACUGAUCCUUCAAAACAUGAAAAUAUUAAAACUCCAUUUGCAAUUAGAACUGCUUGUCAUGAUAUGCCACAAAUUAUUGAAGGCUUAGCACUAUUAAUGUAUGUAGAGAAAAAUGGAAAACAAGAUAUUCAAAAAAUUGAUUAUCCAAGUAAUGGUGAAAUGUAUCAAAAUAGAGGUGCUGAAUUAUUAUCAAAAGCGUUCAAAUUAGUUGAUCCUCGUUAUAUCCCACCAUUUGAUCAAUCAUUAAAACCUCCUUCAGGUCCCGCUGAUAAAACAAUUUACUUAUAUUUGAACAGAUUAGGUGCUACAUCAUUUUCUAUUGUUGAUAACAAGACAAUGAGUGGAGGCAUGGAAUUAGACUACCCUUCAUUAUACCUUAUUGCUAAUGAUUCAACAAGAAGUGUCAAUUUAUCUGAGACAAUUUCACCUGCAUUUAUUGAUCAAGGUAUUUCAAAAGGUGAUGUUGUUGAUAUCAUUUAUCAAAAUUCUCCAAUUGCUGAUCAUCCAAUGCAUUUACAUGGUCAUACAUUCUGGACUAUUGGUUAUAAUGAUUCUGCAUCAGUUUUCCCAUAUAAAUCUGUUGAAGAGGCGUUGAAUGAUGGACGUGCUGAUUUAUUUGAUUUUGAACAACCUUCUUAUGUUGAUAAUCUUUCAAUCACAACAGGUGGUUAUGCAAUUACUAGAAUGAUUGCUGAUAAUCCAGGUGCUUGGAUGAUUCACUGUCAUAUCCAAACACAUUUGGCAGCUGGUAUGGGAGCUGUUCUCAUCAGUGCAAAAGAAGAUAUUCCUGAUUUACCUUCUAGUUUAUUUAACCAAGCACAUGUUGAUUAUAAUUCGAUGGUGUCACAAAGCCCAUCAGAAUUAAAUGUUACAUUGGUUUGA